AUGAACGACGACGGCUGGACCUUUAACCUGCGCUCUUGUCUUGCUGAUGCUGAUGACUCGGAUGCCGAUGGCGAGGACACUGUACCAGCCCCUUCUGACGACCUCGAUCUCUCUGCUCGUCCCGACAAUGCCGCAUACAAGCCCACGCCAUGGUCUAUAGCCAAGAUAAACGCCGCUACUCGUGCUAUGAAGCCACCAGAGGAAAGCCCUGCUCUCGACUCUACGUCCAAGGAUGUCACGGCUGCCUCGGACCGAGCCGUCAACGUCGAGCCGAACAGCAAGAACGCCGCUUUAGACACGAACCUCUCGUCCCUUCCCGUCUCUCGCCCUCGUCCCGCCGCCUCCGCCGCAGCUCCCAUUCGCUGCGAACCGCGCCGCUACCCUCGCCCCAAACCCGCCCCCGCCAUCGACAGAUCCCAAACGACGCUCCGCGACGCGUUCAAGGUCCAAGCCGCCCGCCCGCCUACCUCCAAAGACCCGCUCAAGCCCGGCGAGGUGAUGGGCCAAAAGAUCACCGCGACGCCGCUCCCGCUCGUCAAGGGCCAGGGCGCGCGCACGAUGCUCGCCGGCAGCUUCCUCGCGCCCGCGAUGAAGGAAGGUAAGGUGCAUAUACCCCCGCAGAAGAAGCCGCCGGGUCCGCGGCCGUCUGCGCAACUCAAUCCACCCGCAUAUACGCGCUCGAAGUACGAGCCCCGGUCGACACAGAAGCAUACAUCCAACCGUCUUCCCAAUCCCGGACGGGCUGCUUCCCCUGGACCUCGAUCUGACUCUGAAUCCACUCCGUCGACCGUCUCUCAGGAUGUGACUUCUUCUGUCGAGGGUGGAGACGCGCAUAUCCUUCCAGGCAGGCAGCUCGGACAUGGACGCAGCCCGUCUUCUGCUCUGGACUCUGGUGCCCCUGCAUAUAUGCGCUCGAAGCACGAAUAUCGGCCGAGUGAGGCGCCCACGUCGACCCCUAUCGGCGGCUUUCCUUCUGGACCUCAACGUAGCUUUGACUCUGCGGACUCGACUCUCUCUCGCACACCCGAAUCAGCCGGCGGACCUCGAGGCCUGCAUAUACCCACCGCUCGCGAGGACGGACGACCGGCUGACGAUUCGUCUCCCGUGCUUCACCCGGACGAUCCAGAUCUCGCGGACCUCCCCGACUUUGACUUGUAUCUUGACGGCCUCGGAGUUCAACCCCAAACCAACCACGUCAGUUCCUCCUCGGACCAGCGUGUCUUAUCCUCCGAUUCUCUGCUUUCUCUUCCAUCUCUCUCUCCUUUGGCUGGCCGCGCUCCUCAAGCUUUCUCUUCCGGUCCCGCUCGUUCUAUGUCUUGUUCUCCCCUGUCUUCAAGCGCUCAAGGUAUCUCUAUGACUCGUGGAACACCUGGCGCUUCGCUUCGUCCGCUCGUCGCUUCUCGCUAUCCAGACACUGCAUCGCCCAUCGCCUUUGGAGGCAUCUCGUGGCCCGAGCAAAGAACUCUGGCUCCCUACUCGGCUGCGGAUCCUGACGAAGAGGCUCACCACGUCCGGCAGUCCUUACCGACGCGACCAGCUCGAGUUCAACAACAUCCAACGCAAGUGCCGUACCCGGCUCGUAGCGAACCAGCAAGGGCACCCAAGGGUCCGAUGCCCGCUUGGCUUGCGUCUGCGCUCCCGGAGCCUCACACGUCCAGGUUCGGCGAAAGUGGCGUAGGCGGAUACGGUGCUGAUCAUAACGCACCCGUCGACGAGUACGGUAUGGAUGUGGAUGAUGCUGAAAUGUACACCGGCUCUGGGGUGGACGACGACGAGACUAUGGACGUAUAUCAUGACGCUCCGUCCGGGCUCGUCACCGCAUACCAUCGCCACCCUCACGCACGAUAUCAAGGCCAUCCAGAAAACCAAGAAUACGAAGCCGACGAGUACGGCCAAUACCGUGCCCACGACAAGUUCGAGGGACGCGACGACCACGAAACGUACGAAGACGUGCCGUCCAGCCCGACGAUGGUCAACUCGUCGCCCCCGCCCGCCCGCCCGCGCAAGAUCUUCGCGUCGCCGUUCGGCAGUUCGCCCCCGCGUCCGCGCCCGGUCCAGCGCCUCCCGCCUCGCCCGCGCCCCGACCUUCCGCCCCCGUCGACGCCGCCUCCGCGCCCGGGUCCGCGGCAGCCGCGGCCCGUAGACCGUCCUCGAGACGCGUACGCGUUUGGCGCGGACGACGCCGAUGUGGACGCGGAGUGGACGACGCUGCCGUCGCGCAAGAAGGCGCGCGCGUCGAAACCUACCCCUGGCGGCGGCGGUAGCGGCGGCGGCGGCGGGAUCAGGCAGAGCGGAAAGUUCAAGUUGAAGGUUCCGUUCGGCGGGGGUGGAGGGGGUAAUAAGUUGAUACCGGAUGUGGAUGCGAAGAGGGAUGGACAGGGAACGGGUGGAAGUGGUAGUGGAAACACGGGAAGGAGGGUGGUAGUGUACGUUCCUCCGCCGAGGUUCUGGUAUUCGUUCUCUAAACGGGGUAAGAUGCUCUUCCGCGACGGAUUUAAUGCGGAGCAUGCAGAGUUCCAUGUCCAUGUGAUAACCCCAUUUGGGAUCCCCGGAAUAAUCGUCCUCAAUCCUGGCGGCGAUCCGAGUCAACCGGACGACCUCCGAAAGCCGUACGAGCGACUGGGCCAAGCGUUCCCAACCGUCUUCGUCGUCCUGCCUCGGCGUAAGCGUGUGCACGAGGAACAUAAUCUCGAAUCGGACGAUCGUCGAGACCGAAGCGGUCUCCGCCGCCCUCUGCAGAUCCGCGAUAUCGAGUGCGGCCGUGCGUAG